GACCACCAACACAUUUCGUCUUUGUUCUCUCUUUCUUUCUUUUUCUUUUUUUCCAAAUAAAAAAGUCCGAAAAUGAAGAACAAUGGAAAUACUAAUUUGAUCCUCUUCCACCACCACGCUCCCUUACCCUCAAAAUCAGCUUCCGCCCUCGCCGCCGCGAAUUACCACCGCCUCUUAUUCAUCUUCUUCCUAUCUUUCUUCACCUUCCUCUUCUCUCUCACUCUCUUCUCAUCCUCACUCCACUCCGCCGCAACAACCUCCCACUCCCUCUCCUCAUCUUCACCGUCCUCCUCCUCCCUCUCACCACCGAUCCUCGCCGCACUUCUCCACUACACCUCCUCAACACCACCAAACACCUCAAUGUCUCUCCCCGAACUCUCCGCCGUCUCCACCGUCAUUAACUCCAAAGGCCCCGCCUGCAACCUCCUCGUCUUCGGCCUCUCCCACGAGUCUCUCCUCUGGAGAUCUGCAAAUCUCAAAGGCCGUACCGUCUUCGUCGACGAAAACUCUUACGCCGUUUCCAAAUUCGAGCAGAACAAUCCGGGAGUUGAGGCUUACGACGUCGUUUACUCGACCAAAGUCUCUCAAGCCGGUAAGCUUUUGGGUUAUUAUAAAACCCGACCCGAAUGUCGACCGGUUCAGAAUCUUUUGUUCUCGGAUUGUAAAUUGGGCAUCAACGAUUUACCCAACUUUGUGUACGAGAUCGAGUGGGAUGUGAUUUUAAUCGAUGGGCCACGUGGCUACGCCGGAGAUUCCCCGGGAAGGAUGGCUCCGAUUUUUACUUCGGCGGUUUUGGCGAAGAGUAAAGAUUCCGGCAAGAAGAAGAAGAAGAAGACGACGGAUGUUUUUGUGCAUGAGUUUGGGAGGAAGCUUGAGAGAGUGUACAGUGAGGAGUUUUUAUGUGAGGAGAAUCUGAUUGAGGUCGUCGGAGAGUUAGGGCAUUUUGUUGUGGCGGCGGAAAAAGGGGAGAAACAAGGGAAUGGGUUUUGUCGGAAUUCUACGAAAUUGUCGGAGCCAUUUACGCCGGAUAGUGGUGGCGAUGCCGAGGUCGGUGUUGAUGAUGACUGAAAGUGAGUUACUUUUGGACUUUUGGUGGCUCUUUUGUAAUUAAUCUAGCUUUGAGGGUUUCUUUUUUUUUAACUGUCGUUUAGUUUUCUCGUAUGUUUUAAUUUGGAGCCGGUUACACAUGAAACCAUGAUGUAUCCAAAUUCCAAAUAUAAAUGUCAGCUAUAUAUUGAUGAAAGCAUCAAAUUUGUGAUCAAUAUCACUUCGUACA